AUGAAGAGUGGGUACUGGCAAGUAGAGAUUGCUCCAGAGGACAAGGAGAAAACGGCAUUUUCCAUAGGGAAUGGAAACGGACUGUGGCAGUUCACCGUGAUGCCUUUUGGACUAUGCAAUGCACCAGCUACCUUCGAGAGAUUAAUGGAGAACGUGCUUAGAGUCUCGUCAGAAGGAGUCUCUGUGGAUCCAGAGAAGAUACGAGCGAUAAAGGAAUGGCCCACACCACGUAACAAACAUGAGGUAAGAAGUUUCCUCGGGCUGUGCACCUAUUACCGCCGCUUCGUGAAGGGUUAUGCCGAUAUUGCUAAGCCACUGACCAAGCUCACGGAAGAACAGCGCAAGUUUGAAUGGACCUCAGAGUCGAGUGAAGCAUUUGGGAUACUCAAGACUGCUCUCUGUAGUGCUCCGAUCUUGGGAUUCCCUCGCUUUGGAGAAAAGUUCAUUGUCGACACUGACGCCAGCGACGUGGGCAUAGGAGGAGUACUCUCGCAAGUUCAGGAUGGCCAGGAAACCGUGGGAAAGAAACAUUCCAACGCUGAUGCUCUGUCACGUCGUCCUUGUCCAGAAGGCUGUAAGCACUGCUCCAAGGUAGAAGAAAAGAAUCCUUCGGCAGAAGUACGUUGUGUCACCGUGGAGCCUGCUAGUGGAUGGGAAAUGAGUGAACUUCGGAACGAGCAGCUAGGAGACACGGAGAUCGGACCACUCCUGCGAGAGGUGGAAGCUGGAACUCGACCUAGUUGGGAAGACAUCGCGGCUAGAGAUCACCUAUACAAGAGCUACUGGGCACAGUGGGACUCUAUGAAGAUCAAGAACGGAGUACUAAUAAGGAUCUGGGAAGCUCCUAACGGGAAGAGGAAAAUCGAACAGAUCGUACUCCCAAGAAGUAAGAGGAGGGAAGUCCUUAUGGAGUUGCAUAACGGAGCGUCUGGAGGUCAUCUUGGUGUCAACAAGACAGUGGAAAAGUUGCGACAACGGUUCUACUGGCUGCACCUUAGGGCUGAUGUUGAGAAAUGGUGCCGCCAAUGUGAUGUAUGUGCUGGAAGCCGAGGGCCUCAAACCAGAAGUCGAGGCAGGAUGCGGCAGUACAACGUUGGAUCACCCUUCGAGAGGAUCGCCAUCGACAUCGCUGGACCAUUUCCCGUGACAGACGCAGGGAAUAAAUAUCUCCUGGUGGCCAUGGAUUACUUCACGAAAUGGCCAGAAGUAUAUGCCCAUACCAAACCAGGAGGCAUCUACUGUGGCAGGAUGCUUGGUGAACGACUUCGUCCUGCCGGUACGGGGUACCCCGUGAGCUACACAGCGACCAAGGGACGAACUUCGGUUCUAUCUUGA